UCGUAGAUGAUUUCUUUCAUGUGUGCAUUCUGGAUUUCAACUUUGUUUUCACUCAGGACCUUCUUCUUUUUCUUUUCGGUGUGCAUUGCAGUUCUGUUUUGGACAACAAAUACUACUACACUACUAAUAUCCACACAACUGCAAUGGCUCGGUAUUUGAGGUUCUUCACCACAGUAGGUGAUGAGCAGCCUGUAAGCUGGGAGGACGAAGAACAGCUAACCUCCUCUGAUGAUCUUGAACCUUCUAGAAACAACCUGCCUGAAACGCUCACCUUCAGGGACUCCCUAAAAAGACUCUACACUUCUGACCGCUUCCAGGUGCUGGUGGUGUGUUUAGUGGUGUUGGAUGCCAUAUUUGUCCUGGCUGAACUUCUCAUAGAUUUGUCAAUUAUCCAGCUGCAACAUGGACACAUUGCAACAGAGGUGUUUCACUACCUGAGCCUGGCACUUCUCACAUUCUUCAUGGUGGAGCUGGCUGGCAAGCUGUUUGCAUAUCGCCUUGAGUUCUUCCAACAUAAGUUUGAGGUGUUUGAUGGCUUGGUGGUGGUGCUGUCUUUUAUUCUGGACAUCGUCUUCCUCUUCCAUGAUGACGUCUUUGACGGAAUGGGUCUGCUCAUCCUGCUGCGUCUGUGGAGGGUGGCUAGAAUAAUCAAUGGGAUUCUCGUGUCGGUAAAAACUCGUGCAGACCAGCAGAUGCACAAGCUGAAGGGAAGUUACGACCAUCUUGUACAAAGAGUCACAGAACUGCAAAAACAAGCUGAUCAACUCCAACAAGACAACCAGAAGCUUCAAGCCCUGCUCAAGAGACAUGGCAUCGACUUCUGACUACUAUUAUUAUCAACAACAAUAUAUUCCUUGAUUAUUUGUUGGAUCAGUUAAUCAUGCAUGACUAUUUGAAAUUCCUAUUUCUUAAUGCACUUGCUCUGUAUUAGUUACCUGAACACGCUACAGUAUCCAGUACUAGAUACUGUACUCCUGGUAUUAUUACUAUUCCCACUUUGUAAACUCUUAAAACAGUAUAAAUAUUUUCCAGUAAGGGUUGCAUUGUUGAGGAUACAUGGAUGUAUAGCAUGUUGAUACAAGCGUUGCAAAGUAGUUACCGUAGCAACACAAAUGCUACCACGCUUCCCCCAGUACUAACGUCCAUUUUUAAAAAGGAGAAAUGAAUUACGGUCCUGAGUAGUCCUGGGUUCAAUCCCGGGCUCUGGAUCUUUUUGUGUGGAGUUUGCAUGUUCUCCCCGUGACUGCGUGGGUUCCCUCUGGGUACUCCGGCUUCCUUCCACCUCCAAAGACAUGCACCUGGGGAUAGGUUAAUUGGCAACACUAAAGUGGCCCUAGUGUAUGAAUGUGAGUGUAAAUGUGGUCUGUCUAUCUGUGUUGGCCCUGCGAUGAGGUGGCGACUUAUCCAGGGUGUACCCCGCCUUCCGCCCGAUUGUAGUUGAGAUAGGCUCCAGCGCCCCCCGCAACCCUGAAGGGAAUAAGCGGUAGAAAAUGGAUGGAUGGAUGGAUCUUAAGUUGACAAUCACUGAUUCAAACAAAUGGAAAAAAGAAGUCCAUAGGCAGCUGGGCGUUGAUAGUAGGCGUGGCUCUGUAACCAGGUAGAGCAGAAGCAGAAACUUCAAAGAAGCUCACUGAGCUCCUGAUUAACACCACACUCUUGCCUCUGUUCAUCAGAACCUAUGAAAAGCACCAAAAUGUAUGUUAAGAAUUUGUGCUGACAAUGUUUCCCCUAGGUUUACAAGUUUGAGGGGACUAUCCACAAAACACAUGCACAACCACACACUCGUGCAGCAUAGUGACUGUAGUGCGAUCACUCCUUUACAUUUACAUUACGAGUGUGCAAGUGUAAGUGCAGCUGUGUGUGUUGUGUGCACACAUGCAUGGACUUCAUUGUAUGUUUUACUGUAUAUACUACUUAAUGACAAUACAAGUCAUUUAUACAUAAAUUUCAUUUAAAACGUGUGUACAUUAUUCAUUCAACUUAAUACAGUAGUACCUGUUGUUCUUAGUCAAUGGUUCCAAAAAGUCAGACGAAAAACAAAUUUUACAAAAACCUAAUAUAUUUUUCCAUAAAAACAAUGUAAAUCCAAUUAAUCCCAAAACAUGAGGACAAAACACAUUUUCCAGGGAUUGAUAGUUUUACAUGCGGUGAAGGAAAUGUAUAAAUUAAAAUUAUAUGUAAUUUUACUUUAAAGGCCUACUGAAACCCACUACUACCGACCACGCAGUCUGAUAGUUUAUAUAUCAAUGAUGCAACACAUGCCAAUACGGCCGGGUUAGUUUACUAAAGUGCAAUUUUAAAUUUCGUGCCGAAAAAUCCUGCUGAAAACGUCUCGGUAUGAUGACCCCUGCGCGUGACGUCAUAGAUUGUAGAGGACAUUUUGUGCCAGCAUAGUGCCCAGCUAUUAAGUUGUCUGUUUUCAUCGCAAAAUUCCACAGUAUUCUGGACUUCUGUGUUGGUUAAUCUUUUGCAAUUUGUUCAAUGAAAAAUGGAGACAUCAAAGAAAAAAGCCGUAGGUGGGAAGCGGUGUAUUGCGGUCGGCUUUAGCAACACAAACACAGCCGGUGUUUCAUUGUUUACAUUCCCGAAAGAUGACAGUCAAGCUUUACUAUGAAACAGAGAUGUCAAGGGAACACGGUUGGAUUGGACCACACACACAAAGUACAGUGUAUAAUGCAGCGAUCAUUUUUACCAUUCUGUAUUCUGAAGGCGAUCUAUGUCGUGUGCUACUCCAGCAUCAAUAUCAACAGCGUCCUCCUGACCAUCACCGUCAGGUUCAAAGCGGUUUGGCUCUAUCCCUUGUUGCGGUUGAGCCUGGCCGAGUGGUCCUGCCACCCCCAUGGCUGCCACGGCGCCUCUCACAGGAUCUUCCCUAUCUGAAUCGCUCCCACUGCCCUCUAUUCUUUUUUUUUUUCUAGUCCUUCACUCUCACUUUCCACAUCCACGAAUAUUUCAUCCUCGCUCAAAUUAAUGGGGAAAUUGUCGCUUUCCCGUUCCGAAUUGCUCUCGCUGCUGGUGGCCAUGAUUGUAAACAAUGUUCAGAUGUGAGGAGCUCCACAACCCGUGACGUCAAGCGCAUAUCGUCUGCUACUUACGGUACAGGCAAGGCUUUUUUAUCAGCACCAAAAGUUGCGAACUUUAUCAUCGAUGUUCUCUACCAAAUCCUUUCAGCAAAAAUAUGGCAAUAUCGCAAAAUGAUCAAGUAUGACACAUAGAAUGGACCUACUAUCCCCGUUUGAAUAAGAAAAUCGCAUUUCGGUAGGCCUUUAAUUAAACACUCACUUUUAUUUUAAUUCAAGAAGAUGGCAAAGAGAGAGGAGCAAAGGGGUCGCAGAUGCCACCUUUGUUCUUUAUUACGGGUUCAUUAUUGACAACAUUAGUGUUCCUUGCCUUCUUUUAUCAAAGUGCUGGCACUCACAACUUUCUAUUACCCCAUGGUGGAUUAUUUUGCAGUUGAAUUCAAUAAAAAAAGUACAGAGACUGAA